AUGACUUUUGCCGAUAUCAGGGUUGGCUGGGACAAGACCUUGAGUUUCCUGCCAUACAACGAACAGCUUCGUAGACACCGCAGAAAAGCUAACCUUUGCCUCAAGUCCGAAGCGAGCAUCAGGUCCAACGACACUCUACAGGAGAUUGAAGUCGGACAUUUCCUGCUUCACUUACUGCGGGACCCUGGCCGUUUGGUUGAGCACAUUCAAAAACAAGCUGGUUCUGUGAUCGUGAAAGUGGUGUAUGGAUACACCGCUGAGCAGUUCAAACCUGAUCCUCUACUCAGUACUGUACGAAAGGUCGUAGAUGAGUUUGGCAUCGCGGCUAAGCCUGGGGCCUUUAUGGUUGACCUCAUCCCGAUUCUGAAACAUAUCCCCGACUGGUUCCCUGGAGCUGGUUUCAAAACUACGGCAAAGCAGUGGAGGUCUAACCUCGAGAGCUCAGUUGAAGACCCCGCAGCUUUCGUGGAGCAUCAAAUGGCAAAUGGCAAGGAUAACAAAUCAUUCUUGUCUCAGCUGAUGCAGAAUGAGGGCUUGACAGAUGAGGAAGCUUCUGAGAAUAAAUGGCUAGCGGCAUCUCUUUACGCUGCAGGUGCUGAUACGACUGUCUCUGCGAUCACAACAUUCUUCCUCGCCAUGACACUUUUCUCCAAGGCCCAGAAGAAAGCGCAGUGGGAAAUUGACGAGGUCAUCGGGAGUGAGCGCUUACCAGCGCUAUCGGAUAGACAAAGCUUGCCAUACGUCAAUGCGCUUGUGAAGGAAGUUCUUCGAUGGCAUCCCGUCGGACCAAUGUGUCUUCCGCAUACAACCUCCCAAGACGACAUCAUCGACGGACAUCUCAUCCCAAAGGGCGCAAUGAUUCUUCCGAAUAUCUGGCAAAUCUGUCAUGAUCCAGCACUCUACCACGAUCCAAUGGCCUUCAAACCAGAGCGCUUUCUUGGUCCAGAGGCUGAGACAGACCCGGGUCGUUUUGUCUUUGGCUUUGGGCGAAGAAUUUGCCCGGCGCAAGGCAUGGCUGACAAGACGCUGUUUCUCAACAUGGCGCAGACUCUGGCUGUAUUUGAGAUUACAGGGAAAGAGGGAGGUGAGAUGCCCAAGGCUGAGUUUACAUCUGGAGUUGUCAGCCAUCCGAAGCCCUUCGAAACUGCAAUCACGCCGCGAUCUUCUCAACAUCGUAAAUUGAUCGAGUCAAUUGAGCGGAUGCAUCCAUGGCAGAAGAGUGACGCAGACACUCUAGCAAACGCUCACAGAUAA